AAGGUCUAAAAGAGAAUGCAGCUCCUCGCUGUGAGGUGACUCCGCUCCCUGCCCGCGCAGCGCCGUCACUUUUACAGUCUGUUUUCCUUUUUAUUGAAGUAGUCAGAAGCAAAACCAGACCAGCAGCCGAACUCUCGCCGAACACCUCUGCGUGCUGGAAUGUGGAGCGCGCGACGGAAGGUUUUCUGCUAGAUUCGAAUCGGCGGUGCUGCAGGACGCACCGGGAGGCUGGCCGAAGGAGAUCUGAAGCGAAAGUCAGAAGAAGCUCACAGAAGAACCACGCAGCAGAACCACGCAGCAGAACCACGCAGCAGACCAGAGGAAGCUGCAGCAGAACCACGCAGCAGACCAGAGGAAGACCAGAGGGAGCUGCAGCAGAACCACGCAGCAGAACCACGCGGCAGAACCACGCAGCAGACCAGAGGAAGCUGCAGCAGAACCACGCAGCAGAACCACGCAGCAGACCAGAGGAAGACCAGAGGAAGAUCAGAGGAAGACCAGAGGGAGCUGCAGCAGAACCACGCAGCAGACCAGAGGAAGACCAGAGGAAGACCAGAGGGAGACCAGAGGAAGACCAGAGGGAGCUGCAGCCGCGCUGCAUACCGGUGGCAGAUGUUUUCUUUCGGGCUCUCCGUGCUGUUGGUCGCCGCUCUGCUCGGGACGCCGCCGUGCGCUCAGGCCGCCGCCUGCGAGCCGGUCCGCAUCCCGCUGUGCCGCUCCAUGCCGUGGAACAUGACCAAGAUGCCCAACCACCUCCACCACAGCACGCAGGCCAACGCCGUGCUGGCCAUCGAGCAGUUCGAAGGACUGUUGGGUACGGGCUGCAGUCCAGACCUUCUCUUCUUCCUGUGUGCCAUGUACGCUCCCAUCUGCACCAUCGACUUCCAGCAUGAGCCCAUCAAGCCGUGCAAGGCGGUGUGUGAGCGUGCUAAAUGUGGCUGUGAGCCCGUCAUGAAACGCUACAACCACACGUGGCCAGAGAGCCUGGCCUGCUCUGAGCUGCCCCUCUACGACCGCGGAGUCUGCAUCUCCCCCGAGGCUAUCGUCAAGGCAGAUGGGCCAGACCAGUUCUACCAGGACCCGUCCAGAUGUAAUCCAGAAUCCAGUCCAGAUUUUCCCAUGGACUCAAACAACUUCCACUGCAAAGGAUCAAAUGGAGACAGGUGCACAUGUAAAACAAUCAGAUUGGGACCGAAGAUAUAUCGGAAGAAUAACUAUAACUAUGUGAUCAGGGCUCGAGUCAAGGAGGUGAGGAGUCGAGGUCUGGAGUUGACUGCAGUGGUGGAUGUGAAGGAGGUGUUAAAGUCAUCGCUGGUAAACAUUCCAAGGGAAACGCAAACACUUUACUACUCCUCCUCCUGUCUGUGUCCUCCUCUCACUGCUGGGGAGGAUUACAUCAUCAUGGGCUAUGAGAACGAGGAGAGAUCCAGACUGCUGCUGAUUGAAGGGUCUAUUGCUCAGAAGUGGAGGGACAGAAUGGGAAGGAAGGUCAAGCGUUGGGACCAGGUUCUCCAGGGAAAGACCGCUUCAGUUAGUGGAACAACCCAACGCCGGAGUCGUCACUGAAAGCUCAUGCUGUGUGUGUGUGUGUGUGUGUGUGUGUGUGUGUGUGUGUGUGUGUGUGUGUGAGUGUGUGAGUGAGAGAGAGAGAGAGAGAGCAAGAAAGAGAGAGAGAGAAGAUUUGUGUGUUUGGUGUGAGUGUGUGGGAGAGAGAGAGCAAGAAAGAGAGAGAGAGAAGAUUUGUGUGUUUGGUGUGUGUGUGUGUGAGAGAGAGAGAGCGAGAGAGAGAGAGAGAGAGAGAGAGAGAGAGAGAGAGAGAGAGAGAGA